AAGACCCUUUUGAGGGAUGACCGACCUGGAGGCAUCGACAGUGGGGGAACCCCCUCCCCCGUAUAUGAUCUUCCUCCUGGUUUUCUUCUUCUUCAUCACUGGCCUCCUGGGCUUCCUGGUCUGCCACCUGCUGAAGAAGAAGGGCUACCGUUGCAGGACUGGGGAGGAGGAGGACGAUGAGGAGUGUGAGCAGAAACUGGGACCAGACAAGAAUGAUGAUGAAGAAGAGGAAAAUCAAGACACCGUUGAACAAAUCCUGAAGUGCAUCAUUGAAAAUGAAGCUAACAUGGAAGCCUUCAAGGAUAUGCUAGGAAAACAGGAUAUAUGUCAACAUCAUGACCCUAGAUUACUGCGCAAAGAGAGCCUGGGGGGUAUUCCACCUCAUCACCACACAGUGCACUCUGGCGCCCAGCUCGACCAUAAGUCCUGCACACUCUGUGUGCAAGGGCGGUCCAAGAAGGCCCGCCGCCUGAGCCGUGUGCCUCGGACCAAUAAGCCCAGAACGCCAGGAGAGAGGAGAGAGUCCACUGUGUUCGCUGUGGGAAGGUGAGUCACACUGAACGGGUGUUUGACAACACAAUACAUUCAUCUUUAUUUAUUUAAUUAGUU